AUGACUUCUAGAAACGCUUUAUCAUCAAUAAAAAAACCCCGACAUAAAGGCUUCCUUAAUACCUUAUUGUGCUGUUUUGGUGCAAAAUCUAAGCGACCAAACCCACCCAUCCAUGCUGAAGAUAGUAAGGAUGGAAAAUGUAGGAAUGGAUCCAAGGCCUUCCUUCCUCAAGGUAAACACCUCCUCCCACAGGUAAAACAUCAAGAUGCUCACAAGUUGUGCCUGGUCAUCGAUCUUGAUGAAACUCUUGUUCAUAGUUCAUUUAAGCCCAUUAGUAAUGCCGAUUUUAUAGUUCCUGUGGAAAUUGAUGGAGUAAUUCAUCAGGUAUAUGUUCUUAAGAGGCCUUAUGUAGACGAAUUUCUCCAGAAAAUGGGUGAAAUGUAUGAAUGUGUUCUCUUUACAGCUAGCCUUGCUAAGUACGCUGAUCCAGUCGCCGAUCUCUUGGAUAAAUGGGGUGUUUUUCGUUCUCGCCUAUUUAGAGAAUCAUGUGUUUUUUAUCGUGGAAAUUAUGUCAAGGAUCUUGGUAGGUUAGGUCGGGAUCUUCACAAAGUUAUCAUAGUAGACAAUUCUCCUGCUUCCUAUAUCUUCCAUCCAGAUAAUGCAGUGCCUGUAAAUUCAUGGUUUGAUGACAUGUCAGAUACAGAACUGCGGGAUUUAAUCCCUUUCUUCGAGCAGCUGAGUGAAAUAGAUGAUGUCUAUUCUGUGUUACGUAAUUCAAACCAUGCUGCAGGCUCACAUUCUCAGCCGAACACUGUAAAUGGCUCUCAUUUCAUAACUCCCCAUAUACAGCAUGUGAAUGGCCUAAUGCAACCAUCUUAGCAUAGCAGAAUCAUCAAGAAAUUGAAAUGCACUGUUAAACAAUGGGCCUCUGAUGACUUGCCGUGGCAACUGUUAUUGUAGAAAUUAAUUGUGUAUUUUAUUUUCGUCUUUGAAAAACCAGGUUUUUAAAAUGUCAUGCUAUGGAAAAAUGCGAGAUGUUUUAAUGCUGGUAAAAAUAUUUUAUAAUCUGUUGAUAUUUUUUUUUAUUUGUGAUUUAUAAAAUUACCUGUUUCUGCUGUCAAACAAAUCAUGCAUCAUAGUGUAAUAUUUCUAUCUUUGCCAUAAUUCGUUUGGUACUAUAUAUACAGUCUGGAAAUUUUCAUCAGUGUGUUGAACUGUUUUAUUUUUGCAUAGUAUACUUAAUUUGUUUCUUCAGUAUACUAUUUAUUCAGUCUGUGUAAGGUAUUAGAUAAUGAAUUAAUCGUUAUCAUCACAUUGCAUGAUUUGCUGAAAUGUUGUGCCUUACUUCUGUGCAGUUUAAUGUAAUAUAUGUAUAUCAGUUCUUUUCCAGAGGUAACUGCCAUAAGGAAUCUAUUUUAAAUAACUAGAAAGAAAUAAUCGAACCAAAUUUGUUUUAGAAUAUAUGAGCACAAUUAUUUUGUUUCUUAUCAACUUUUAACAUUUGUUCAUUCAUUUAAUAUUCACCGUGUGUUUCAGUUACUGAUUUUCUAGUUUAGUUUAUAUUGUUGCUUAUAGAAGCUUUUUGAUAAUUAUUCAUUGUCAUCUAAAUUUAGAAAAUGGCAGCUGCUUUUUAAAAUUUUAAAAUAUUUUAUUGCUUAUAUAAUUUAGAAACUAGCAUAAUUAACCUAUUUAAUAAUGUAUGAUUUUUUUAAUGUACCGAAAUCAUAUCUAGAAUUUCAAAAGACUGAGAUUGUUGAUUUUCUAAUAUGAAUUAUAUUUAUUUAAAAGGUGGCUUCAAUAAUAAUUAUCUGUGUCUAGAAUGCACUCUCAGGUAAACCUGAUUCUUGUAUCUUAGUCUCUUAUAACUUCUGUUUUAAUGUUGCCAUGGCAAAAAGGGUGAGAAGGUAACUUGGCCUUUAAAAAAACUGUUGGCAAAUGUUAGAAGAAGCAAAAACUGCCAAUAAAAUCAUUUGAUGAGCGAUCGUCUAAUCUGCGUUCUGCCAUAUUUUGGAACUGUGAUUUGGAAAGUGAAAUGGUUUGCAGUUGUCUCCAAGUGAUAUUGCUUUAUGUGAGGAAGGAAAUCUGGCAGUUCAUAUCAAUUAUCAUUUUCCUGUCAGUUGUUUACUGACUUUUUAAACAAAUAGCAAUACAUAUAAAAGUGGAAAACUUACAGGUUUGCCUAAAAGAAGAAAAAGUAAUGGAUAUUUGAGAGGUUUUUUUUUUUUUUUUUUGGUGAAAAUUUCGGAGCUUUGUCAUAAAUUUGUUAGUUAUAUAUUUAUAUAAUAAUGGCAUUCAAAGUAGUCAUUUUAAGGCAACAAAUUAUAUUAUUUGAAUCAUGAACGUUUUUACAAAUACAUUCAUAUCUGCAAACAACACAGUUGGUACAGCCCAAGGUAUUAAUUCUAAAAUAUUUAGAACAUAAUGCUGUUACAAUUAAAUAGAUUUUUAAUUAAACAAAAAGAAUCAUUCUGGGAAGUAGGCGUUUUGGGGCAUGUGUAAUUUGUUAAACUCUCUCUUCUCUCCCAGAACUUUUUUGUUUUGUAGCAUAUUUCUGUAUAACGCAUCCUUUCCAUUGAAGGUUUAUUUCAUUUGAAUUUGUGUAUCAGUUUGGUUAAACGACUUCAGAAUCAAACCUUGACUGUGCCUAGCGUUGUGGUGCUUUUUAAAAAUGCCUACUUUAGCCAGAAAUCAUGUUUUUACUGUUGUUGGCUUUAUUUCUCUCGUGAAUGCUGUGUAACCAUGCAUUUCAGAUUUUUUUUCGCAUGUACAGGAUAGGUUUUGCAUGAAAAUCAUCAUAUCCAGUUGUUCUGCUUUGUUGUUGAUGAUGUUCAGUUUGUGUGAUGAUUAUGUAAAACUGAAUGACUGCUUCUGUAUAUAUUUUUAAAUUGCAUUCUUGAUAUUUGUGAUGAAUUUCCUCAUGGAACAAUUUAUUCAAAUAGUUUUUGUAUAUAAAAUUGUAUGUACAAAAGAGAGUAUUAGAUCAUUAUUACAGGGGGACACAACUGCUGUAUAGGUUUUCCUCUUGUCUGUAUUUAUUGGUUAAUUUUUGCUUAUAUUUUUUAAGAAAUAUUUUUUAUUCUGUUAAAUAAUUUAUAAACAAUGGAGGCAUUCUGUUAUUUAAGUAAUUUUAGCAUUUCACAAAAAAUUAAAGUUUUUAAAAAUUUUUAAAGUGAUCUCGAAAUGUGUCGCAUAAGUCAGUGGUCUUAAACUGGCAGUCCCCAAAGCAAUUUUAUGCAACCUGCGAAUGCAUUUCUUGUAAAUUAAAUAAAUUGUCAAUUUUAAGAAACAGUUUAGGAUGUUAAUGGUGUAGAGUCCAGUUUUACAUUAUUUUUGUUACCAAAAAUGCACAUGAGUAAACUCUGUAGAAAAUCUAGAAAUUCAUUAAUUUAGACUGUGAUAUGAAUAUUAUACAGAGCUUUGAAGAUACAAAUUUGAUUAACUGUUAUUAGUACUUAUCAAAUGCUAAAUAAUUCCCAGUUACGAAUUUUUGCAAUAAAAAUAAUUGCUUUGUUUGGGAAUACAUUUAAAGUUUUUUUUUAUGGAUGAAAAUUAAUAAAUUCAUGAAAAGAAUGAUGAGUAUUAACAGUUUGUGUUGGAGAUACUUUCUGGUAAUUUUUCUCCAACAUAACAAAUUUUAUGAAAAUCGAAACACUGUGAGGUGUUGCUGCUGAAGGGUAUAGUAAGAAACAAAUAAGUUACAUACAAAUGUUAUUUUCCCUGUGUGUGUCAGAGAAAAAUCCAAUAAAUAAAAGAAAGAGAAUAUGUUUCGUUAUUUAUUCUCAAGUUUUGUUCCUCUUCAGAAGUUUUCAUAUAUUUCUUUUUAGGCUUAUUAAAGGUAAUUUACUUCAUGGUUACUUCAAUGCAUUACAAUUAUUUAAAUAAGUGUAAGUCUAAAAACCGUAACAGUUAGCUGUUAAAAUGUUUGAUUUGCAUCAUUUUAUAUGUAGUAGAAAUUAUUUUUAAUUUAACUAACAAAUUUUGUUUUCUUAACAAAAAAGGUGGGGAAGGGCCCAUCAGUUAUUUUCAGAUAUUUCGCACUCGCAAUUUGAAUUUGAGACCACUGCCUUAAAUAACAAAUAAAUCCCCUUAAAAGUGUGAAUGUUGUCAUCAAGUAUGUAAAAAUUAAGUAAUAUUUUUCAGCAAGAAAAUCCCUGUGCAGUUUGUUUGUUAUAAUUUGUGAAUUUAAGUUAAUUUGUCUUUGCUUUGUGAUUGUGUUUUAAUGAAAUUAUUUUAUUACAUUUCUAAAAAUGGCUGUGAAAAGUCUAUUUUUAAUAUUUGCACCAUGAGAAAAUUCUGAACACAAAUUUCAAGUUGUACUUGAUAUUGUUAUGUAUAUAGAUCAUGAGACCAAUUUGUUAUAUUGGGCUCAUCAGGCUUACUCUAGAGUUCUUAGGUUAUUUCUCACAGAAAGUAAGUUAAUAACACAAACAAAAAGAUAAAAAUAAAUUUUUAUACUAUGUACAGUGGCCUUAUGUGCUCCACACUUUUUUGUACAAAGACUUGACUUGAACACUGAAAAUCACCAUAGUGUCAAAUAGUAGCUGUUUGCUUUAAAUUUUAUUUUUUCAUUUUAUAUGUAAUAGAACAUAGUAUUAAACUUGUAAAUGAAAUUAAAUAAAAAUGAAAGUGGGAAAAAAUUUUUCUUGGUAAAAUAUAACAUUGUUUUCUUUGCCAGGAGACUUUUAUGUUAUUAAAUUAAUGUACUUUUUAUUUUAUAUGUAUGUAUGUAAACAUGGGAAAGUUUUAUUUAUAUUUGAAUUUUAAAUGCAAUGAAUGUUAAAUUUAAAUUGGUAUUUGUGUUGAAUUGUAAAUUCUAUGGACAUAUUAGGCAUGUACAUUGCACUUUUUCAUUUACAUGUGCUUUCUCUUGCACAGUAGGUUCUCUUAGAAGAUAAGAGAAUGUAUUGCUGUGUGAUGAAGUAAGUAUAUCAAGGUCCAGAAUGUCAGCAUAUUUAUAAGUUGCAGUAAAUUUUAGUCAAAAAUUGUUCACUUUUGCUAGCAUCAUAUUUUCAAGAAAAUUUUCUUUUCUUCUCAAAAUAAAGCAUAAAUUCUUGUAUAAAUGUUGAUGAUGUGAUAUGUUCUAUCCCCCCCUUUUUUUUUUAAAGAAUGGCUUUCAUGUUUCUUUUAAGUGAGUUGGUUUCACAUUACAAAUUAUUGUAUAUGUGAUUACGAAUGCAAGUUUUUCUUGUAGGUAGAGAGAAAGACCUCCACUCAGUUUCUGAGUUGGCUAUUGAGUUAUCUUGAGAUUGUGUAGGACGUGAGGUUACAUUCCUAUGCAGCCCAAACUGGAAAAAAAGUGUGAAAUAUAAUCAAAAAUCCCCCCCCUCUUUUUAUUUUUAAAAAGACCAACUAUUUUUCAAAUCUCAUUUGUUAAUCCAGUCAUCUUCAUUUAACUAAUAAUAAUAUGCUGCAAAUGAUGCUUAAAAACUGAAGAAAUUAACAGUUUAUAAAUCAUACCCAACCAGAAAAGAAAGUAAUACUGUGAAAUAUAGUAGCCCAAACUCUUGCUGGAAAACACAAAUUUUGUGUGAUUAUCUCUUGACACUAUAAUGUUUAUAUAUGCAUAAACAUUAGUUUAUAUAUGUCAAGUUUCCAGUGUACAUAUAUAAAACAAUGUUUAUGUGUAUAUAAUUGCAUAUAACGGUUAAUGUUCAUUGCUGUAUCAUUUCUUAAAAGAUUUGACCAAAACGUUAGAAUCCCUCAAAUGCACAAUGCACAAUGCAGCAUACAUUUUAUUAUUACUGUAUUUAAUGUUGGCAGUAUCUUAUUAUAUGUUACAUGAAUAUAACAUUACAUAUAUAAGUUAAACACAUGACAAUGCAUAAUAUUACAAUGUUUUAAAUGCAGAUAUGGGGUCACUCUUACUUACUAGAAACAAUUAAAAAAAGUGUUAUAUGAUAUUCAGAUUUUCUACGUUUUAAAAAGUGUUAUGCAAUAUGUAACUUUUUUUUUUUUAUUUGUGUAAGUAAAACAGCAUACUAUGGCUAUCUACCUGAGGGAAGGGAUACCUCACUACUUUUUUUAUGCAAAUUAUUAACAACGCAUAUGAUUUGUUUUAUGUAGAAUGUGUACAUUUUUUUAUGAUCAGAUGUGUAAAUUGUUGUUUUUAAGCCAAUAUUGGAAUUGUAUUGGAAUAUUUAUUCCUGAUAGCAUUUUCACAUAUGUUUAUAUUAAUAAUUUUAUUAUUUGAAAUUACCUGUUACUUUUUAGUAAAAUUUUAUAUGUGUGAAAUCUGUAUAUGCCUUUCAUGCCGGUGUAUAGGAUGGUGCUCAAAUUUUCAUCAAUAAAAUGUAUAUUUUUCUUUAUAAAUAUUUGUACAGUGAAAUAUAUUGUAAAAAAAAUGCUACUGAACCUUUUAUUGCUCAAUACUUGUUUAAACAAAAGUUUUGGUCCAUUUUUGGUAUUUAACUGUGCCAAACUUAUGAAAAAAAUAAGGGGAAAAACUGUCUUCCGUUUGAUGAUGAGCAGUUUGGAGUAUACUUAACCCAUUUAUUAAAAAUGUGCUGUAGAUUUGUACAAAAGUGUUGUUUGUACAGAGAGAUGAAAUUUUACUCUAUUGUAUUUAUUAUCUACUACUUAAUAUUUGAUAUGGUAUGUGAGGUUGUAAUAUGGAUAACUUUUAUGUUAAUAAAUCACUAUUUAAUAUGGGUAAAGUAAACUUCAACUGGUCAAAUUAUCCUCUACCGUCCUUAAUUUAUACAGUACAUUUUCAUAUCAAAAGUAGCAUUUCUAAAUUACGUUUUGUCCCAAGAUAUAAUUUUGAAAGAUGCAAAAAUCAGUCGUACUUCCUUCUUCAAACUGCAGAAACAAACAUUUUUAAAAUUCAUAAAAGAAUUAUUUUGCAUGAAGGUAGAGUUGGAUAUCCCUUAUAUAUAUAAAUACACACACACACACACAUUGAGGGAAUGGAUUUCUGAUUUUAAAUAUUAGAAAGAAAAAUAAAUUUUUAAUGAAUACACUGAAUACUGACCAAACCAUGCAUGUAUUAAAAAAAAUACUGCGUUAAUAUAAUAGCUAAAGAGAUCAUCUGUCUCAUCAGCAGCAAUUUCUGUUGAUAUAAAUCAUUAGGUAAUUUUUAUAUAAAAAAGCUUUCGCAAGCAUACGUGAUUGCUAGAUACUUUUAAAUCUUGUAGAUAAGAAGACACAUAGUAUAUAGGAAAAUUUCAAACGCUGUUAAUCCAUUUAAUUAAGUACAUUGCUAAGGUAUUUUGCAGGUGAAAUGCUGCAGUCAGUAAUUGAACAAAACCCAUUAAAAAUGCACAAUAAAAGCUCGACUAUCUGGAAAGCUUGGGAAAUCCUGAAUUCUGAAUAUGAAUGGGAAUGAAUUCCGAAGUUGAGGAGACCAAAAAAAUGGAAUUCACAUUAGAAAAGUCAAAUCAAUGGGGAAAAUUUCCAUUCGAAAAUUAUAAAAACAGUCCUCUUAUUUGUUACCAGCUUGAAUAACGAAAAGCUACAUUUAAAAUUAUAUAAAGAUUUUUAGAUAGAAAAGCCAGUGUAUUUCAUAGGCCUUAAAGAUGAAAGUAAACAUUUGAUCUGAUUAUUAAAUCCCAUCGAACACAAAAGUUGGUGGAGAUGUCACCAUUUAUUCUGACAGAAGUUGAAAUGAACAAUAUUUAAUUAGAUAAUAAAAAUGUAUAAAUUACAGAUAUAAUGUAUUAAAAACUCGAAUCAUUUAUCUAAAUUUUUCACAUUAUAUUGCAUUGUUUGUCUGUUAUCAAAGUGGCAUAUCAUAGCUUUCUUUUAUGCCCAAAUGAAAUAACUUUGAAAAUGCUGUAUGUCAUGAAGUCCCAGAUAUUAAUAUUUUUUACAAAAUGCAAGAACAAAAUUGAACUGGCUUAUCGAGAAUUAAUGGAAUUUACAUUAAACCCAAAUGAAUGACAUCGUUAUCGUUAGUUGGAUGCCGGAUAGUCGGGAUUUUAUUGUAUUGGCAUUUUAAAACUAUAUCUGGCAUAUGUGAAAAAAUAAGAUUAAUACAUUAAAUAUGACUACCACUGGUACACAAUUUUUUCAUAUUAUUUUUUUAAAUUUAUUCAUUAAAAUUCUUUAAUAUGAUGUGUUUUGAUCCAGAAAUCAGUCACAAAAUAAAUCUUCAGAAGGAACCUUUCUAAAAAUAACCUCUAAUAAUUUUUAAGCAAUUUUGGUCUUGCCUUUAAAAAUAUAAAUGUAAGUGAUGUUUAGUAUUGUUAUUUAAUUCUCAAACGUACCAGUCAUUUUCAAGAGUAAUCAUCUUGAUAUGGUCUAAUGUAUUUACUGAAAUUGUACCUUUAAUAAAAUAGGUUUAUUUAAUAACUUUCAUUCAUGAUGCCUUUGCUGUUUGGGAAUGACUUCAGUCAGAGAUUGGUAUCAUUACGUUUGAAGAAUAUUGUAUAAGGGGUAUUCAACUGAAUUUAUUCUAAGCGUUUAGUUUGCUAAAAUAAUCUCUUGGUGAUGUUUUUAUAAUAUUUUAAUUGCUAAAAUGAAAGUAUUUCAGUGUUUUAAUUGAAACAAGUCUCCUGGCAGUGAAAAAUCAUUUAUACUUCAGCCACCUCCCAGCCAAUCUGUUCAGUUUUAUUUAUAAUUAUUGGUCAUGUUUUGAAUUGUUGAAGAAUGUCUUUUAGUGUAUGUUGUGCUGAAGUCCAGAACUGUGCCUUUUGUUUCUAUACAAGAAUUAGCAGUUUCAUAACAAAGCUGCAGUUUAUGAGGGAAUUUUUUUAUAUCACACAUAGCUUUUAUUUGAAUUAAAUGAUGGAGGGUAAUUAUAUAGAACAUUAAAAACUGAAGAGACUUCUGUUUGA